AUGGAACCACCUCAGCCGCUGAACUCUUCGUUUGAGGAGACGAGGAACGCUACCGAAUAUGGAUGGAUGUGCAUUGGGUAUGGUUCAGAUACUGCCAACCUGGGCAACCCAGUCUCAGAGGACUGCCUGACGAUCAACAUCGUCCGUCCGGCCGGCACGAAGCCUGGAGAUGACCUCCCCGUAGGUAUCUGGGUUCACGGCGGCAGUUACGUCAACGGCGGCUCUCGCGACCCGAGAUACAACCUUAGCUACAUCGUCGAGCAGUCCGUCAAGGAGAACAAGCCCAUCAUCGCCGCCAGCAUCAACUACCGUCUCUCCUACUGGGGCUUCCUCUUCAGCCAGGAACUUCAGGACGUCGGCGCGGGCAACAUCGGCUUCAGGGACCAGCGCUUAGCUUUGCGAUGGCUUCAAGAGAACAUCUCCCCCUUCGGCGGCAGCCCUGACAAGGUCACCAUCUGGGGCGAGUCGGCUGGCGCACGGUCAUUGGGUAUGCAGCUCAUUGCCUAUGAUGGACAACACGACAACCUGUUCCGCAGCGCCAUCCUCGAGAGUGGUAGCUCUGUCGCCAAGUUCGUCGGCGCUGAUGCCUGGCAGCCGUACUUCGAGGCACUCUUGGCCAAGACUGGAUGCGCGGAUGCUAGCGACCGUCUGGCCUGCGUGCGCGCGCUCCCAUGGCAGACCCUCAACGCUAUCUUCAACGGCACCAACCCUUUGAGCGUCACCGCACCUACGAUCAGCGCUGUCAUUGACGGCGACUUCAUCAGCGACAAGGCCACGACGCUUCUUGCCGAGGGUAAAUUCGCUCCCGUUCCGCUCCUUCUCGGCAACAACUUUGACGAGGGCACGGGCUACGCCAAACAGGGCAUCAACACCACGGAGCAGUUCGAGUCGUGGCUCGCUAGCAGUCUGCUGGUCGACUCCACACAGAUCGCCGCUCUCAAGGAGUUGUACCCUGAUGACCCCGCCGUCGGUAUCCCAGCGUCGUAUCCCGAUCGACCCACUGGCACUGCGUUCGGUUCGCAAUGGAAGCGUGUCGCGGCCGUCGCAGGAGACUAUCAACAGCACAGCGGUAGACGCCUUCUCGCCAGCUCGUAUUCUGACGCCGGCAUCCCCGUCUACUCUUACCGCUGGAACGUGUACGUCAACGGCCUCGGACCCAUCUACGGCGCCACUCAUUUCCAGGAGGUUGCGUUCGUCUUCAACAACGUCAAUGGUCUCGGAUAUGCGACCAACCCCUUUGAGGGCAAGCCGCAGUCGUACGUUCAGCUGGCCGACAAGAUGAGCAAGAUGUGGGUGGCCUUCAUCCACGACACCGACCCCAAUCAGUGCAACGGCUGGCCUUGGCCUUGGACCAAGGGUCUUGUCUGGCCCCAAUACACGCCUGAUCAGCCGCUCAACCUGGUCUUCAACGCCAACUACUCCAAGCUUGGUUACAUUGAGAGGGAUGACUACAGGGCAACUGAGAUCGCCUACAUCCAAGAGCAUGUUUAUGCUUGA